AUGAAAGGACAGCUUCAGGCGUCCUUUGCUCCAGUCUUAUGUUUGUCGCAACCACCAUUCGCUCUUCUGCUUUUGUCAGUUGUUCGAGCCCGAUUUUUGGCCACCGAAUUGGGAAUACGUGAUAAGCUGGCUGUCAUUCUGUUGGGUCAAUCUUCGCUCACAGUAGCCCUGAAUGCUUCAAUCGGACGACAUUUGCCACAUCUGCAAUUAUUCGUUGAAAUUUCGCGUAUCGAUGGCGAUAUAGCAGCGCUUCCGAAUCUUGCAGCCUACCGGCCCACUGGACAGCAGCAUCCGCUCAUUUCCAUCCUUGGUCUUAUCUUUAACAUGACAAUGCAUGAAAAGUACGAUUGGUACUAUAUAAUGCCCGAUACAACUUAUGUAAAUCCGUUCGAACUUAUGCGAUUUGUGAAUCAUGUGAAUUGGAAUCGUCCGGUUGCAAUUGGAUACAAGGACGAUGAAGAUACGACAAGAUGCAGCUUACAAGCUGGAAUUCUCUUGUCAAACCCGGCUAUGCAAUUGCUAAUGCAGUAA